UCCUCUCUAUUCUCAAAUGUUGAUCUAUAAAGUUAGUUCGAUUUAAGUUGUAACUUGUGAGAUAUGCUGUUUAAGUAGGAUCUUUCAUACUACUAAAAAUAAAAAAAAGCGAAAGUUUAAAUUCCUUGAUGUAAGAGUGUCGACGUGGAGGAAUAUGUAACCUUCCUGAACUCAUCAUCUUCUUUCUUCCUCCCCACUCAUUCAAAUACCAAACUUCCAAUACCAGAAAUCAAACACCUCACUUCACUUCACAAGCUCUGCUCUGCUACAACAAUGGCGAAACUCCUUCAUUCAUCUCCUCGCUUCCACACAAUCCACCGCCAUAGCUUCCACCUUCUCUCCACUCUCUCUCCUCCACCCCCACUUCCUCUCUCUUCCCCCAUCUUCUCUUCUCAUUCUUCCUCCCAUUUUGUCACUCCUCCUCCUUCUUCCUCUUUCUCUCUCUCCUGCUUUCUUCGCCUCGCUCCGAUUCUUCGCCGCCGGAAUUUCAAUUUCUCCACCAACGCUUUCGAUUCCGAUUCCAAUUCCGAUUCUGAUUCUAAGGUUAAGGUUGAAGAAAAGCUUGACGAAGAUUCUGUUAAUGGCGUUCCUAAAUCCUCGGAAGUUUUUCCUAGUGGUGAAUUUGAAUUCAAAGAAUUUGGCGCUUGGAAGAGUUUUGUUGUUAAGUGUCGUAUGCUCAUUGCUUUUCCUUGGCAAAGGGUUAAGAAGGGCAGUGUUUUCACCAUCAAAUUGCGUGGCCAGAUUUCUGAUCAGUUGAAAUCUCGGUUUUCGCAAGGGUUGUCUCUGCCACAAAUUUGUGAGAAUUUUAUAAAGGCAGCUUAUGAUCCUAGGAUUUCUGGGGUUUAUCUUCAUAUUGAAUCUUUGAAUUGUGGAUGGGGUAAAGUUGAGGAAAUUCGGAGGCAUAUUUUGGAUUUCCGGAAGUCAGGAAAGUUUGUCGUGGGGUAUCUUCCAACAUGCGGAGAGAAAGAGUAUUAUCUAGCUUCUGCCUGUGAAGAGGUAUAUGCACCUCCAAGUGCUUAUUUUCGGCUGUAUGGUUUGACUGUUCAAGCAUCAUUUCUAGGAGGUAUCUUUGAGAAAGUAGGUAUCGAACCACAGGUUGAGAGGAUUGGGAAGUUUAAAAGUGCUGGAGACCAGCUUACACGCAAAUCCAUUUCUGAAGAAAAUCGAGAGAUGUUGACUACAUUGCUUGAUAAUAUCUAUGGAAAUUGGCUUGAUAAAAUUUCGGCUGCUAAAGGAAAAAACAAAGAUGAUGUUGAGAAGUUCAUCAAUGAAGGAGUAUACAAAAUUGAAAGGCUUAAAGAGGAGGGAUGGAUAACAAAUAUUAACUACGAUGAUGAGGUGGUUUCAAUGUUGAAAGAAAGAUUGGGGCUUGAGAAGGAAAAGAAACUCCCCAUGGUUGAUUACAGGCGAUACUCUGGAGUGAAAAAAUGGACCCUGGGAUUAUCUGGAGGAAAAGAGAGGAUUGCAGUCAUUAGAGCCUCUGGAAGCAUCAGUCGUGUUCGUGGCCCUUUAAGUUCCUCUACGUCAGGCAUAGUUGCAGAACAGCUAAUCGAGAAAAUACGCAGUGUAAGAGAAUCCAAAAGAUACAAAGCUGCAAUAAUUCGAAUUGACAGUCCUGGUGGUGAUGCUCUUGCUUCAGAUCUGAUGUGGCGGGAGAUAAGACUUUUGGCUGCUGAAAAACCUGUUAUUGCAUCUAUGGGUGAUGUUGCAGCUAGUGGGGGAUAUUACAUGGCGAUGGGAGCAGCGACUAUAGUUGCAGAAAAUCUUACUUUGACUGGUUCAAUUGGAGUUGUCACAGGGAAGUUCAAUUUGGGAAAGCUGUAUGAAAAGAUUGGAUUCAACAAGGAGAUCAUAUCAAGGGGAAAGUUUGCUGAGCUGACUGCGGCAGAGCAACGAUCUUUCAGGCCGGAAGAAGCAGAGCUUUUUGCAAAGUCUGCCCAGCAUGCUUAUACACAAUUUCGAGAUAAAGCAGCCUAUUCAAGAUCAAUGCCUGUAGAUAAGAUGGAAGAAAAUGCACAAGGAAGAGUCUGGACUGGAAGUGAUGCUGCUUCUCGAGGACUUGUUGAUGCUUUAGGUGGAAUGGGCCGUGCAGUUGCCAUAGCAAAGCAAAAGGCUAACAUUCCCCAAGAGCAACCGGUGACACUGGUUGAAGUGUCCAGGCCAUCCCCUUCAUUGCCGGAGAUUUUGAGUGGCAUAGGGGGUACUAUUGUUGGGGUGGACAGAACUCUAAAAAUACUACUUGAGGAGUUGACAUCUAUGGAGGGAAUCCAGGCAAGAAUGGAUGGAAUCAUCUUUGAGAAACUGGGGGAAGCAUCUAAUGCCAAUCCUAUCAUAAAUAUACUGAAGGACUAUUUAGGCUCUCUUUGAAGGUAAAGACCUCUCAUAUAAAACUCGAUACCGACCGAGCUCUAGGAUCAGCUAUCUCUUCUUUAGACAAAUGUAUUACAUGAAAUCAUUUAUAUGAAAAAAAAAAAGAAAGUGUAAAGCUACCUGCCAUAGCAAUCCAAUGAUAGAUACACCACAGCUUCUGAAAAUAGCACUUGUGAUAAAUUUUUUUACUGGAACUUGCUUGUAUUGUUUUAGCAAGAGGGUAAUAAGAUAUUUUACUUAUCUUUUCA